AACAUCAUCACAAUCAAUAUCACCAACAACAUCAUCAUCAAUGAUACCAAUAUCAAUCGAUACAUAUAAUAAUCAUGAUCAACAAGUGUUAAAUUUACCAAUAAUAACAUCAUCUAUGGCCACAACAACUACAUCGACCAUAUCAAAUUCUAAUUGUUUAACAUCAACAACAACAACAACAACAACAGCGACAGGGACAACGUCAUCAUCAUCAUCAUUAACAUCAUCAUCAUUAUCAGUAAAUUCAUCAUAUCAUCAACAUCGUCAUAUUAGUGUACAAUUAAUGGAUAUAACAAUUUGGAAACGUUUUUGUGAUGUUAAUAAUGAAAUGAUUGUUACAAAAGGUGGUCGUCGUAUGUUUCCAUUAAUACGUUGUCAAAUUGAUGGUCUUGAACCAAGAUCAAUGUAUUCGAUUGUAUUAGAAUUUGUACAAAUCGGUACACAUCGUUGGAAAUAUUUAAAUGGUAAUUGGGUUGCCGGUGGUAAAUCUGAACCACCACCACAAAAUCUACAAACAUUUUAUAUUCAUCCGGAUUCACCGAAUUUCGGUGCACAUUGGAUGAAAGAAGUAGUUAGUUUUACUAAAGUUAAAUUAACAAAUAAACCAACAACACAACAAGGACAGGUUGUAUUAAAUUCAUUACAUAAAUAUCAACCAAGAAUACAUAUUGUAAGAAUUGAAUCAACUGGAUCAACAGUAACAACAUCAACAACUGCAUCAUCAUCAUCAUCAUCAACCGCAUCAACAACCGCAACAACAUCAUCAACGUCAACAUCACCAAAAUUAACAAUGGAUGCAUUAUGUGUAUUAUCAAAAUCAUUAUAUCAACAACACCAACAACAACAUAAUGGUAAUAAUAAUGAUGGAAUUAUAAUUAGUGAUAUGAAUGAUGAAUUUGUACAAAUAACAAAUAUUGAUAAUUGUUUAGCAUCAAUAUCAUCAUCAUCAUCAUUAUCAACAAAUGAUGGUACAAAUUUUUAUGAAACAUCACAAGAAUGUAUUGAUAUUUUAGGAACAACAGGAACAGGAAAAAAUAAUAAUGAUAAUAAUAAUUCUAGUAGUGGUAGUAGUAGUGGUAUGAUGAUUAUAAAUGAAGAUUGUAUUAAUUCAUUUUGUGGUGGUAAUAAAAUUGUAACAUAUACAUUUAAAGAAACACAAUUUAUAGCUGUUACUGCAUAUCAAAAUGAAGAUGUAACACAUUUAAAAAUACGUUAUAAUCCAUUUGCAAAAGCAUUUCAAGAUAUACGUGAAAAACCAAGCCAUCAUCAUCAUCAUCAUCAUAAUCAUUAUUCUUCUACAAGUCAUUCGCAUCAUCAUCUACAACAACAACAACAACAACAAAAUCAAUUAUCAUCAUCAAUUUAUGAUCAAUCUAUUCAUCAUUCGCAUCCGCAUCAUCAUUCUAAUUAUUCACAAUCAUAUUAUCAACAACAACAACAACAACAAAGAAUUCAUACCGGUGUUACAAAUUCUAAUAGUGAAUCAAUAACAACAACAACAACAACAACAAAAUCUACAAUAACAACAACAACAACAUUAUCAUCAUCAUCACCAUUAUCAACAACUUUAGCAACAACA